AUGGCUUCCCAUCCCCGCAAGAGCAGCUCUGCAGUAAAACAGCGGAGUGCCCUCCGUUUGGCGUCCUUUGCCAUCUGCGCCGGGUUGGCUUCAGUGAUUUCCGGCAGCAGCUUGCUGGACGCCUUUGUUGGGAACUCUCACCCGAAGCGGGAAACCCUGAAGCCCAGGUUGCACUUCCCGUCUGCAAGGCAGACCCCAGCAACUCUGAGACUGGCCCAGGAAUCAGAAGUGGAACAUGUUAGGUGGCUGGAUCCCCUUGAUGCGAAUGUUGAAGAAAUCUCGCCUGAUGAGGGCGCGACAGUGCUGCCAGUCUUUCCUCUUGGCGGACCUUUCAUGCCCUACACGAAGCAGUCCCUUCAGAUCUUUGAGCCCCGUUACCGGCAGCUUUAUGACAAUAUCCUGCUUUCGGGAUCCCGCCGCUUUGUGGUGACUCCGGUGGACCCACGCUCGGAAGACUCGCUCCGUUUGGCGCAGGUCGGGGUCGUCUUCUACCUGGAUGACCUGAAGGAUCUCUCAGAACAAACCCAGGACAGGGUGAAGUAUAUGUGCGAACACACCAUCAUCGGCCGUGUCAAGUUGAAGCGGGUGUUGAACCCGGCGGACUGGUUCUCCCGAGCAACCUACUUGCGAGCGGAAACCGACCCAGUUGAUGACACGGACACCGACAUGGAUUCAUCCCUGCUGGAGGAUGAGGUGAUGCAGCUCAUGAGAGACUUGGUGCCUCUCUAUGGCGAGUUGGGCAUGCCAAGCUAUGACCUGAACAUCCUCCAAGAGAGGAACUCCAGCAGAGCGGAGAAAAACGGCCUGUGGAGUCUGGCUGAGGUUUGGGUGCAGCUCUUGGGUGCACAGCUGCAGAUGAAGCGGAAGCUCUUCGAGAGCAGGCUCCAGGAUAUCAUUCGGCCCUAUGCCAAAGAGGGUCAGAAAGAGCUCAGUAUAUCAGAGUUGCCUCCGGAAGCUAUUGCUGACAUCAAGCGGCUGGAGCAGGAGUUCCAGGCCAUGGGCAACACAAUGGUGAUGAAGCAGCUGGAAUUUGGCCAGCUGCUGAUACAAACAGACUCACACAGGGGACGGCUUGAGCAUUUCAAGACCACCUUAGAUGAGGAGUACCGCACCGUCAUAGCUCAGAAGUCUCUGAAGUCUCUGGGAGAUCGAUGA